AUGAUACACAAUCUUUCCGGGUCAUCGGACUAUCUUCAACACGAGUUCAACAAGCACAAUCCAAAAUUGAACCAAGCAGUGUUCAACUUGAUAUACUGGUCAAUCAACAAAGACCCCCAACGUGAUAUUAACAUCGACGGUUCUGCUGGAGAAGCCUUUCAAUUCUUAGCAGGUCGAUACCAAUCAGAUAAUUUGACUGAAUUUAUUAUGAUUCGUGCAAAUCUUCCUGAAGAAAUUUUAGACAACAUUGACAACAUUGUUUUCCUUUACUCUUCCAAUGAGUGCAGUGCUAUGUGGGCGAGGAAAUACAAGAGAAAACAACCAUGCAAUUUAUCGGCUCGAACUACAUUUCAAAGCUUAGCAGUUGUCAAUCAAAAGUUUUACAGGCUUUGUCUUCCUAAAUUAUGGCAGAGACUCGACUUUCUGACCGAGUGCGAGUUACCUGCUCCUAUGUCAAUUUGGACAGAAGAUAUCCUCUUGAAACAUGGAAACUUAGUCAAAUCUUUCAGAUUCAAAUUAGAAGAUUUGGACCUUAUAGUUAAAGAUGAUGAUGAAGUCUUUUUGGAAAGUCAGAGGAGUAAUUUCAAUAACGGAAAGCGGAUUUCCAAAGACACCAGGUGGGAUUAUCCAUCCGGACUUGGACCAAUGAACGUUGAGAAGAUUCUCAGAGCCUGUCCUUGUAUCAAGUCGGUAGAAAUGAUUUUUCCAGAACAUACAUAUCUUUCAGUAUUGUCUUAUCCCCUUACUUCUCGCUUCAAAGGUCUUUUCAGACUUAUCCCUCACCUCCAACAUCUAAAACUAAGGGAUCUUGGAUGUAGAGGUUCUCCAAAUGAAUUUACAAUCGAUCUUCUCAAAAAUCUACCGUCUCUCGUAUCAUUGGUACUCAAAGACUUCAGAUUUAGUCAGAAAGCAUCCACAGAAGAAUCCUUUGGGUGGAACGUGGCUCAGCAUCAGAACCUUCUUAAAUUAUGUCUCAAGCGUGUCACCUGCAAAGAUCAAACUUGGACCUUGAGUUCUUGGCCUCAACCGCUUGCAACUCUUGAGCUUCACUAUUGCAAAGGAUUGACUCCUGUCAUGGUGCACAACUUACUCAGUGGUUCCGCCCCCUAUCUCACGAGAUUCGAGUUUAAGCUUGAACAUCCCUCAAGUGAACCAGAUGUUGAUAGCCAGACUGAUCUCCCAGCUCUUAAAGAACUUCUCCUAGAUUGUGGCUCAGGUUUUGCUCUUGCAAGCUUCAAAGGCUGUAAACAUCUAGAAAUGAUCAAAUAUCGGUGUAUAAUGAACAAUGAUCUAUGGAACUUGGUGGAGCAUCUUUUGUCUACAUAUACAUGGCCUAAGCUCUUGGUUUUGAAUCUUUGCCAUGAAAGAUGGAAUAUUGAUCGGAAUAAUUGGAAAAUACUCACUAAGAAGGACAUAUAUGAGUUUUGGAAAUAUUACAAAAUUACACUCUUAAUCACUUCGGAGGCAGAUUUAUACUAG